GUGGCUUUAGUCUCAGUGGAAGUCAGAGGAGCAAAGGGAAAGGGAGGUUUGUGCUGUUCAUGUUUUACAGGAAACCUACAGAGUUUUUCUUUGCGAGUGCAGGGACAGUUGUAGGACUUUUCUGUGGACACGUCCUGGAGCAGCAGCUGGGACAUCAGGCUGACACAGGUUCUGUGUUCAGUGCCAUGAAACACAGUCUACUCUGAAGGUCCUUGCUUUUGCUGCCUUCACGUUGCCAAAAAAAAAAAUGGACCCACAAGUGUGCCCGCCCCCACUGAGCAGCAGCCAAUCAGUGCUCAGCGUCUAUGACAAAUCCCCAGCAAGUGGCUUCAAACCUGGACACUCACGAAGCAGCAGCACCGGUUCAUCCAAACACUCCAAACAAUCUCGUCACUGGGAGGUGAUUGAUGACCUGCAGCAUCUGGAUCUGAGUUCACUUCCUGGCUCCUCCCUGGACCUCAGCAUCCCUGGGAUCUGUGAGGGCUACUUAAUGAAGAGGAGGAAGUACCCGCUCAAAGGCUGGCACAAGAGAUACUUUCUGCUGGAGAAGGGAAUUCUGAAGUACUCAAAGACACAGCAAGAUAUUCAAAGAGGAAAGCUUCAUGGCUCUCUGGACGUCAGCCUGGCUGUUAUGUCCAUCAACAAGAAGUCCAAGCGCAUAGACCUGGACGCUGGGGAUAACCUCUACCACCUGAAGGCAAAGAGCCAUGAUAUCUUCUACAUCUGGUUGACCAAGCUGUGUGCCCAUCGUGUUUUCAGGAAAAAUGAGGCAAUGAGUGUCCAUCGUGGUGUCCUUCAUGCUCUGUCCUUGGGCCAGAGCACACUGCCAAGCAUGACUAGUUACGCACAAACCAACAGAUCCAUUCCCCCCCACUAUGCCAGCUCGGCGUCUGUAUACCAAACAGAGACAGCGAGCCCCGCCCCAGCCGCCGCCUCCAACUUGGGGGUGAACAGCAAAGUGUCAGCCUGGCUCCGGCAGACCGAUGACAUCGACGCAACUUCAAAUGAGAUAGCCCGUUGUCAGGUGGAGCUGACUGAACUGGCCCAGCUCAUCCAGCGCCUCCAUUGGCUGGAGGGAGGCCUGCCCAUCACCGACACAGAUCUGGAGAUGCGAAUCAGCAUGCAGAAUCUGUCCCUGGAAAAACCAAAGAAGAAGUCAGUGUUUGGUCAUUCCAGGACUCUGUCCCGUGUUGAAGCGAUGGGUGGAAUGUUCACCUCCAGUCACCUGAGUGCCACUCCCAGUCUGGGGGGGUCCGUUUCAUCUAUCCCAGCGUACGUCUAUUCUCAGCUGUCCAACCCUCAGGUCACCUCACCGGAGGCAAAGAAGCUUCACCAGGAGAUCUGCACUGUGUCCCAGAGGGUCCACACGUCUCUAAAGUCCAUUCAUGACGUGCUGACACUGGAAAGGGAGCGCCUUCGCCAGGCGUGGACGGCCCCUGACCUGAGGCAGAACACCACCCAGCAGCUGGCCACGCUGUGCAGCACCUUAUCUGAGAGGACACCAUCUCUGAGCCGCCACCAUCACCGUGCACCUUCAGUGGCCGACUCCAUGGCGGAAUAUUUUGACGCUAGCGAGGUGAUUGUAUGUGAGAGUUCUUCAGAGGCUGAGGCGUCAGACGAGUCCGGCCUGAGUGACAUCACAACCACCAGCAACUCUGAGCCUGAAGAAGGCCAUGCCACAGCCACUCUGAACUACAGAACCAGUCUGAGCAGUGCUCCGAACACAACCAACCCAGUGACACCUGAGACUGGUCGCCGUACAUCGCUCCCUGCUCCUGGAACAGACAACAGCCACAUCGGCAUCAUGACCAUCCUGUACAACAACAUUGGAAAGGACCUGUCCAGAGUGUCCAUGCCGGUGGCGCUCAAUGAACCGCUGUGUUUACUGCAGAGAGUCAGUGAAGAGCUGGAGUACUCUGAGCUCCUGGACAUCGCCAACUGCACUGAUGACCCAUAUGAAAGAAUGGUAUAUGUGGCUGCCUUUUCCAUCUCUGGUUAUGCCUGGGCAUCAUGGAGGUAUCGUUAUAAACCCUUUAACCCUGUUCUGGGAGAGACUUAUGAGAGUCACAGAGAAGACAGAGGCUUCCACUACAUCAGUGAGCAGGUCAGUCAUCACCCACCCGUCUCAGCUUGCCAUGCAGAGUCUGAAAACUUCACUUUCUGGCAAGAUCAGAGAUGGAAGAACAAGUUUUGGGGGAAAUCAGUGGAGAUAAUCUCUUCUGGACUGGUCAAUGUCACUCUGCCCAAGUACGGGGAUCAUUAUGAGUGGAACAAGGCGGUCACAUGUAUCCAUAACGUGCUGAGUCAGCAGCGCUGGUUGGAACACUACGGCGAGGUGGUGAUCAGAAACACAGAGAGUGACGUGUGCACCUGCAAGAUUACCUUUGUCAAGUCUCGGUAUUGGAGCUCAGACAACACUAAGAACGAGGUCCAGGGUGUGGUUCUGGACCGGGCUGGGGAGGUGGUCCAUCGUUUUGGAGGUCUUUGGCAUGAGGGCAUCUUCUGUGACACACUGCCCACACCAAAGUGCAUCUGGAAGCCCAACGUGCAGCCUGAAGACCACUUCCAGUUCUAUGGCUUCUCACGAUACGCCAGAGAACUGAAUGAACUAACUCCUCAGCUGAGAGCAGUUCUCCCUCCCACAGAUACACGCUUCAGACCAGACCAGAGACUCCUGGAGGAGGGGAAGGUGGCAGAGGCCGAUCUAAAGAAAGAUGAAGUAGAGGAGAAGCAGAGGGAGAGGAGGAAGGAGAUGGCCAAGAGAGGUGAAGAGCACGUGCCCAGGUUCUUCAGUAAAUCUGUGGAUGCGGCUGGUCGAGAAGUGUGGCUGUACAAUGGAACCUACUGGAAGCUUCGUAAAGACCCAAGCUUUGCCGCCACUGAAAACCUGGACCUGUGGUAGAACUCUGCACAAACCGCUGAAGUGAAACCAGCCAGGUAGCACAAAACAUAUGAUCACACAGUGUAGAGGAACAACACAGCGUUGUGUUAAAAUAUUGACAUGUAGUCUUACUGAAUACUGUAGAUGUGUGUGUGCAGAGGCCAGCUGCUAUCACUGUCGUAGAGCAGAAGGGUGUGUGAAAGCAUACAUGAACCUCUUUUUAUGGGGGAAAAUAGAAAUAGAGGUGAAGUGCUACUGUGGAAUAAAUGAAGACUGAUUUAGUCAAAGCCGGAUGUCUUUCCAACCUUUUGCCUACCUUUUAGAAUAGGAGCCUUGUACAUCAGCAUUUACCAGUAAAAAGAAAAACUGAACUUGAAAUCUGCUUUUUAAAACUUGUAUGACAACUUUGAGAAAAUGUAUCUUGAAAAUGUUUUUUUUUCUGUCUGAACUCAGGCCUCCAUCUACAUGUUUGGUCUAAAAAGUGCCUAUUUUUGUGAUACAAUAACAGAUUCAGUCCUACGUUCUCUUUUAACAAAUCUAUAACUGCUUCAGUUUUAUUUUUAUGAUAAUUUUUGGAGUUGAGAUCAACUGAACAAUAAAAUGUCUAAACGCAUCAAGAAGCUCGUUCAUCUAAUUGUGGUGUGUUCCAGGUGAACUGGUGCUGUUCUGUCUUUCUCAGUGGGUCUUCAUGUGUAAACUUGUGUGUAAAGUUCAGAUGUUUAAUUGUGACAUGUGCACUGCAUCUUUCACUUUUUUCUUCUCACACCUGUGUGAAUUGCUGACAAAGAUCAUGCGUCUCAGACUUUUUUUAAAUUAUCAGUUGAUUCAGUGACAUACAUUUUAUUGAUGUUUCAACUGCAGAUUUUAAUAAGGAAAAGAGACUAUUGUUAAAACUCAUUGUAUUUUUUUUAUGAUUUGGUUUCAAAUAAAAUAUUCGAUAGUCAA